AUGGUUCAUCACGCAACCGCAAAGGUCCGGCCGAGGAGCAUGCAGUUUGAAAACAGCCCGGUGUCUCCAGACGCUAGGGUCCACCGCGCCGCUUCGCAAUACACAUCAGCGCCUCGCGACGCGCCCGCACGUCUCACCCCCGGGGCCCGGACCAGCAGCCUUCCGUUGACGACCAGCAAGCAACACCCAGAUGUGCCAAUCGUUCUCCGGAGCAUGCUAGAUGUUGGCCACGCCCCGAGGAUCCCUCUGGCCCAGCCGCUCUCCUUCGGCGAGCUAUACCCUAGCAGCCCCGAGCCUGCAGCGGAUACGAAGGCACCCUUGAGCAUGCCCAUUGACCCUCCCGCCGCUAUAAGCGACAACAGGAACAUUGUUCGCAGAAAGCUGACGGGCUACGUUGGCUUUGCCAACCUGCCCAACCAGUGGCACCGCAAGAGCGUCCGGAAGGGCUUCAACUUCAACGUCAUGGUUGUUGGUGAAUCUGGCCUCGGAAAGUCGACUCUUGUCAACACACUUUUCAACACGUCGCUGUACCCCCCGAAGGAGCGCAAGGGCCCAAGCCUCGACAUCAUCCCGAAGACGGUUUCUAUCCAGUCUAUCAGUGCUGAUAUUGAGGAGGCGGGGGUGCGUCUGCGGCUGACAGUGGUUGACACACCUGGCUUUGGCGAUUUCGUCAACAAUGACGAGUCUUGGAGGCCGAUCGUCGACAACAUCGAGCAGCGCUUCGAUGCUUACCUGGAUGCCGAGAACAAGGUCAACCGCAUGAACAUUGUUGACAACCGCAUCCACGCCUGCGUUUUCUUCAUCCAGCCGACCGGCCACUCCCUGAAGCCUCUGGAUAUCGAGGUCAUGAAGCGCCUGCAUACCAAGGUCAACCUCAUCCCGGUCAUUGCGAAAUCCGAUACCCUUACCGACGAGGAGGUUGCCGCCUUCAAGGCCAGAAUUCUCGCGGAUAUCAAGUACCACAAGGUCCAGAUUUUCGAGGGUCCCCGAUACGAGCUCGACGAUGAGGAGACCAUUGCCGAAAACAACGAGAUCAUGUCUAAAGUUCCAUUCGCCGUUGUUGGUUCUAAUACCGAGGUGACCAACGCCGACGGACGCAAGGUGCGCGGCCGUAGCUACCCUUGGGGCGUCAUUGAGGUGGACAACGAGGAGCACUGCGACUUUGUCAAGCUUCGCCAGAUGCUCAUCCGCACCCACAUGGAGGAGCUCAAGGAGCAUACCAACAACACUCUCUAUGAGAACUACCGGACCGACAAGCUGAUCGCUAUGGGCGUGUCGCAAGAUCCCAGCGUCUUCAAGGAGGUCAACCCUGCCGUCAAGCAGGAAGAGGAGCGUGCCCUCCACGAGCAGAAGCUCGCCAAGAUGGAGGCCGAGAUGAAGAUGGUCUUCCAGCAGAAGGUGGCUGAGAAGGAAUCCAAGCUGAAGCAGAGCGAGGAGGAACUGUACGCGCGUCACCGGGAGAUGAAGGAACAGCUGGAGCGGCAACGGCUCGAGCUCGAGGAGAAGAAGUCAAGGAUUGAGAGUGGACGGCCUCUGGAGAAGGAGCCCAAGAGGAAGGGAUUUUCUCUCCGAUAA